AUGCAGGGGCGAGUAGGGGAUGGACCGGGAGGAGCCGGCGCGAUCUUCGUUGGGGGGUUGCUUACCGUACCGGCGCCGACCUCUCGUCGCUCUUUCCGUUACGACGGCCCUCGACCCCCUCCUUCGGGGCAGACGCAGACGCAGCCGGAGAGCGGCAGUGAAGAGGAGGAUGAGGAGGAGGAUGGUGAGGGCGAGAAGGAGGAGGACACUGAGGGGAGCGGGGAUGACAGCGAGGCGCCGUGGAACCCAGAGACACAUGGCGGUGGGGAGGGGGGAGAUGAUGAUGAUGAAGACCACGAGAUGGAUGGGUUGGAGCCAGAGGGGCGGCAGAGGAAGAAGGCCAACAAGUUGAGGGAGCGGGCGUAUCCCUGCACGUUCACUGGGGAGCCCUUGGGCGAGGGUGUGAUCGCUCCCGAGUUCCUAGACGAGGACGGAGGGUCCGAGAGUAGUAAGGGGACUGGCAAGGGGGAGACGUUUCCCCGUGGGGGCUACAAGGGAGUGCCGGAUGGCUACGUAUAUCAGUGGCCACAUGCCAAGACUUGGCCGCAGCUCGCCAAGGAGAAAGGGAUGGCGAUUGGUGGAGGUCAUGGUUCAGGCGGGAUGGAGCGGUGGAUGACAACCAAACUGACCUCGGUGCAGCUACGGCAGGCGAUCACAAAGCUGGUGGUCACCUGCGACCUCCCCUUCCGCAUCGUCGAGGCCGAGGCUUUUCGUGAGCUACUCAUCCUGCUAAACCGCAACUGCGCGCAGAAGAACUUCAUCCCCUCGCGCUAG